CUGGCUAAACAGGGAUACAUCUGCACUUUCACUGAGGGAGGGUGUACUGUUAGAAAGGGUGAAGCUGUGGUGAUGGAGGCAAAGCUGGACAAGGGUUUAUACCUUGUUCCAGCUUGUGUGCCUCAUUGUUACAAGGCACAUAUGGUUUUUUCUGAGGAAGCCGCUUGUAGCACUCGCUGGAGGCAGGUGGAAACAGUGUCACCUGAGUUGCUACACCUUCGCAUGGGGCACGCGGGGAAGCAGCAACUGCUGGAGUGUGUGAAGAAGGGGGAGCUGAAGGGGGUGGAGGUCAAGGAAGGAGCUGGGCAGCAGAGCAAAUGUCCCGACUGCACGUCUGGAAAGCUGCCUAGAACCUCAUUCCCUAUCUCCUCUGAUCAUGCCUCGACUCCCCUUGAGCUGGUGCACACGGAUGUGUGUGGACCGAUGCAAACUCCUGACCGGGAAAAGGGCAACAGAUACUUUGUCACCUUUCUUGAUGACUUCAGUCGACUUAGCUGGGUCAUCUUGGUGAAGACCAAGGAUGAGGUGGCAAAGGUGUUUAGGCGGUGGAUACGCUAUGUGGAGAGGGAGUCAGGGGCCAAGGUGAAGGGGUUAAGGUCAGAUCGGGGUGGAGAGUACCUUGGGAAAGAACUUCAAACCUUCUUGGAUGAAAAGGGUAUUACCCACCAGCUCUCUGUACCUUACACGCCGCAGCAAAAUGGGGCAGCGGAGCGGCUUAACAGGACCUUGACCGAUUUGGCUCGGGCCAUCCUUUCCCAUGCCGAGCUUGAUAACACUUGGUGGGGGGCAGCAGUGCAGUAUGCCAACUGGGUGAAGAACAGGAUGGGCAGCAAGGGGCUUGGAGGCAAGAGCCCAUACUCCUUAUGGACAGGGAAGGUGCCGAAUGUUUCCAUGGCACGAGUGUGGGGGUGCAUGGCACAGUAUAAGGUACCUGACCAGCAAAGGAGGAAGCUAGAUCCUAAGGCACAGUGGGGGAUCUUCCUUGGGGUUUCUGAGAGGAGCAAGGCUUGGGUGCUGUGGAGUGUAGCUGACCAGCGUAUGAUGGAGAGCCGUGAUGUGGUUUUCCAUGAGGGGCUGAAUUUUAAGGGGUGGAAGGAGCAUGGUACAAGCCAAAGUGGGACUUCCAUUCAAGACCCUCAAACGGCUUCUAUCUUUGAGGGGGCAUGGGAGGACCCUGGAGAUGAAGGGGAGGAGCAGCAGGAGGAGCCAGAACCAGCUGAUCCUAACCAUGAGGAGUCCCGAGAGACAGAUUCUACCCCUCAGCCAGCCACGCAGGCCGAUGCGCGUGAUGAUCAGCCGGAGCAGCAUGUGCCUUCAACUCCAUCGAGAAGCAGUUGGCAGCAGUUGUUGAACCAGCAGCUGUCCAAGACUCCAAGGACUCCAAUGAAGAGGGUGACUUGGGAGGAGAAGCUGCGGAGGCUGGAAGAAGGAGAGGCAACACCUCUGCGACACAGUGCUCGAAUUUCCCAGCCACCUGAAAGGUUUUCACCGGGGCACAUUGCACGCAUGCAUGAUCAUCUUGUGUCUGAUUUGGAUGAUUGCAUGCUUGUGGACAUGCAUGGGCAUGCGUAUGCUCUUGAUGUGUGUCUAAUGGGUCAGGUGCAUGAGCCUAGGUCAGUCCAUGAGGCGCUGAACCGUCCCGAAUGGGUUGAGUCUAUGCAUGAGGAGCUUGAGUCUCACAAGGUAAAUGGAUCAUUUGAGCUGGUUGAUCCAGCCGUGGUACCACCUGGUUUGGAGGUCCUCAGGUGUCAAUGGGUUUGGAAAUACAAGCAUAACCCUGAUGGUACCAUUGAGAGGCCUAAGUCCAGAUUGGUGGUGAUGGGAAACACGCAGAAAUUGGGAGUACACUAUGAAGAAGUGUACUCUCCAGUUGGGAAGCAUGCGACCUUGAGAGGUAUGCUUGGAAUUUCAGCUGCUUUGGGGCUUGAUAUCCAUCAUAUGGAUGUCAAGACAGCCUUCCUCCAUGGGGAUUUGGAGGAAGAGCUUUACAUGCGGCAGCCCCCUGGUUUUGAUGAUGGGUCUCACCGAGUGUGUCGCCUCAAAAAGUCCAUUUAUGGGCUAAAGCAAGCCCCACGACAGUGGUACCUAAAAUUUGAUGAGGCUCUCAUGGAUUUUGGGUUUGAGAGAUCUGAGUGUGACCCUACCUUAUACCACUUUGUGAGAGAUGAGGAGCGGAUCUCCUUAUUCCUCUAUGUGGAUGACCUUUUGCUCCUAUGCUCUAGCAAGGCUUUGCUAGAUCGAGUGAAAGACUUCUUGUCCUCGCGUUUUCGCAUGAAGGACUUGGGGGAGGUGAAGUACUACUUGGGAAUGCAAAUUGAGCGUGAUGAGACUGGUAUCUUGAUUCAUCAAGAGAGGUACAUUCUUAACAUGCUUCAGUCCUUUGGUCUCUCAGAGGCCAACCCCGUGCGUACUCCUCUCCCAACAGGCUUUGAUGUGCAUGCCUAUGAGGAUGAACCCUUGCUGCAAGAUGAGCUGGCCAAGCUCUACCAAAGCAUUGUGGGAUCCCUCAUGUAUGCUUGUACUACCACACAGCCACAGAUUGCCUUUGCAGUCUCACAGCUAUCUAAGGUCGCCUCUUGUCCUAAAAUGUUUCACUUGCAGGCCGCUAAGAGAGUGCUGAGGUACCUGAAAGGUGGUGUCAAGUCAGGUAUCUUCUUCCAAACACAGCCCCAGUCUCAGGUCCAGCUAGUUGGCUUCAGUGAUGCUGACUAUGCUGGAGAUUCCGCAAGUCGCAGGAGCCACAGUGGGUAUGUGUUUUGUCUGAAUGGGGCAGCUAUCUCUUGGCAGAGCAAGAGGCAGCCCGUGGUAGCACUCUCUACCACUGAGAGUGAGUAUAUAAGUCUGUGUCAGUGCAUUCAGGAGGGUGUCUGGCUGAGGCGUUUGCUUGGGGAGUUUGGCCAUGAUCAUGCUGGUGGUGUGCCUGUGUUUGUGGAUAAUCAGUCUGCCAUUGCCCUUGCACAGAAUGCAUGCUUGCAUGGCCGCACCAAACACAUGCAGGUCCGGUGGCAUUUCAUUCGGGAGAUGGUAGCUGCGGGUGAGGUGAUUUUGCAGUGGUGCCCCACCAACCGUCAGGCCGCUGAUAUUCUUACCAAGUCUCUUCCAUUUGAGCGUCAUGGUGUGUGCAUGACCUUGCUCGGGAUGCAGCCCCAUGAUGACAGAGUUCCCGCAGCAGAUGCCGGCGUCUUGGUGCUCCUCUCCUUGGCGGACUCCAUGCUCUGGGUGGCCCCAACCCAUGGGCAAGGGGGAGUGGUGUGAAGUCUUUUGCCCUAUGGUGUUGAGCCACACCCAGCACGAGCAAGGGGGAGUGAUAAAUGUGUAGUGUUCUGUGGUGUAGUUUGCUCUAGCUGGUUGUGGGCUAUUGGGGUUUGGGCAAAAGAUGUGGGUUGGUUGGCUAGGUUUGAUCUCGUUACCUUUCCAACCCAUACAACCCCAAACCCACUACAACAUCUGUCAUGUUGCAGAUGUGGCACUUGGGAGUGUUAGGGUUUGGUCCAGGGCGAGGGUUGGUGGUGUUUGACAAUCUCAUUCUCGAACUUUUCCAGAUCGAACUGCUUCCCUUCUCGUUUUUACUAGGUGAUUCAUGGCUGCCUAGCCAAAUUACCAGAAUAUCCCCUCACAAUGAUUUCGUCAUAAUCGGCGGCUCAGAUCUUGGUUAUGAACGUGCUUUAUCAUUCUGGAAAGUAGAGAUUAAGACCUUUCCAACGCAUAUAAGCUCAUUUCUAGAAGUUACUUGAGCUGCACGCAAUGUUCUGUUGAGAUCGUCACACUUAAUCUCUAAUUAGUUCUCUCCAGAUUUGCA